CCCUAAUUAAUUAAUUAAUCUCUAAUUACGUUCAUUUGUUUCUAAUUAAUCCCUCCUCUCUUACUCUCAUAGUUAAGCAAAGAAAAAUGACGAACGGUCCAGAAUGUAGUCAAGCAUCUUCCGAGCAAAGGAACAUUGAUGAUUGGUUGCCUAUUUCUUCGAGUAGAAACGCGAAAUGGUGGUAUUCGACAUUCCAUAAUGUUACCGCCAUGGUUGGUGCCGGUGUUCUUAGCCUUCCUUAUGCCAUGUCCGAACUUGGAUGGGGUCCAGGAGUAACAAUAAUGACAUUAUCAUGGAUAAUAACCCUAUACACCCUAUGGCAAAUGGUGGAGAUGCAUGAGAUGGUUCCGGGGAAGCGAUUCGACCGGUACCACGAGCUCGGCCAACACGCUUUCGGGGAGAAGCUAGGGUUGUACGUGGUGGUGCCGCAACAACUGGUGGUCGACGUGGGGUCGGAUAUCGUCUAUAUGGUCACCGGUGGCAAGUCACUGAAGAAAAUCCAUGACCUAUUAUGUGUAGAUAAUUGCAAGCCAAUUAAGUUGACUUACUUUAUCCUCAUGUUUGCUUGUGUUCACCUUGCUAUCUCACACCUUCCUAAUUUCAACUCUAUGUCUGCCAUUUCCUUGGCUGCUGCUGUUAUGUCAUUAAGUUAUUCAACAAUAGCAUGGGUAGCAUCCCUAGUGAAGGGAGUGCACGAGGAUGUAGACUACUCCCCAAGAGGCGCAAGCUCAGGCGCAAGGACAAUGAACUUCUUCACAGCAUUAGGUGACAUUGCGUUCGCCUUCGCCGGUCACAACGUCGUCUUAGAGAUUCAAGCAACGAUGCCGUCGUCACCGGAAAAGCCGUCGAAAGGUCCGAUGUGGAAGGGAGUGAUGUUAGCUUACGUUGUGGUGGCGUUUUGUUACUUCCCUGUGGCUUGGAUUGGUUACCAUACUUUUGGUAACAAGGUUGAAGAUAACAUUUUACUUAGUUUAGAGAAGCCUGUUUGGCUUAUUGUUGUUGCUAAUGCCUUUGUUGUUGUCCAUGUUAUUGGGAGCUAUCAGGUAUACGCCAUGCCGGUGUUCGACAUGGUGGAAACUUUCUUGGUGAAAAAGAUGAAAUUCAAGCCCACUACCACCCUCCGUUUCGUCACUCGCAAUUUAUAUGUUGUUUUGACAGCAUUCAUUGCCAUAACUUUUCCUUUCUUUGGUGGUCUUCUCGGAUUCUUUGGAGGAUUUGCUUUGGCUCCAACAACGUACUACCUUCCCUGUAUCAUUUGGUUGAUUAUUUACAAGCCCAAAAAGUUUAGCUUGUCAUGGUGGACCAAUUGGUUUUGCAUUAUAGUUGGUGUCCUCUUGAUGAUUUUAGCACCUAUUGGAGGGUUAAGGACUAUAAUCCUUUCUGCCAAGAAUUACAGUUUCUACUCAUAAUUUCCCAUGAGAGCAACAAUUUCUUCGACGACGACGAUGAGCCAACGGCUAUGGAAGAAACGGUGAAGAUUGGUUUAGGAUUUUGAUUGUACAUAAGUGUAUGGUAUUUAGAAAUAAACCUCUGUUUAGUAUUUACGUAAUUGUUUAAUUUGAGAAUGAUUAAUUCUAUUUUUAAUUCUACCUAUAGUUUAUUCUGGAAUAAUCCUAACUAUUAUAUCACCUCUCUAAUAGUCCAACAUUAAGUAACCUUUGAAACCGGUGAAUACAUAUAUUCUUUAAAAAAAUAAAUUUAUUUCAAAUCAUUCUUCUUUC